AAGACCGUAUAUAAUGAUUGGUUUUUACCAAAACCAAAAAAAAAAUCGAAAGAUGAUUUUUCAAGGUUAAAAAUCACCCUGAUUUAGUACUGCAUAUCAAUUUCAAAAGCGGAUCAUAAAUUACCUUUAAAAUUCGAUCUUUCGAUUGUCUUCAAAUUUUUAUCCCUAUUAAUAAAAACUGUGGUUAAGUUCUGUGCCGUCUGUGCACGACGCAUGACAGCUGCCCAAUACUUAUAGUGGCGCGCUUUAAAAUAAAAAUACUUUUAUUUAUUUUACGUGAAUGUGAAACUUCGGAAUAUUGUAGGUAUACUGUCGUUUGUGAAACACGUUAAAAUGUUUGAAUCAGAACUUGAUAGUUUUAUACCAGAAAUAAAUAGUCCGAACCAUUUAUCUGUUAUUGACAAAUCUUCACUGCAUCAGUACAAACUUUCUUUAGAAAGUACCUCUAAUACUACAUCAAACCUACUAUUGAAAGAUGUCUGGCGAAGCAACCAAGAGUUGUUUGAUAAAGGUUCAGUGGCUGUGGAUGUAUUGCUUGGUUCAGUCAAUGGCCUGCUCAGUAAUAGGGAUACCAAUCAUUUGAAGACAUGGAAGAGUUCAUUGGAUAAAUGUAUAGAUCCAGUUGCUGUUUUUGAACAGAGUUUGCCCAACUGUGCUCUGUGCUCCUCCACUGUUGAAUACCAACAGUUUACAGAAGAAUGCAAAUGUGAUUUAAGAACGCCACAGACUAAAUUACAAAAAGAAAAUAUUCCUAACACUUCCAAACCAUUCUUUGUAAAAACUUUUGGUUCUGAUUGUGCUCCGGAAGGUUCACCUGCUGAGAAGUCAGUUUUCAAACCAAAGUUUGGAAGAACAAGGUCUCUGAAGGGUUUUCAGCCUGUGACAGAACCAGUAUUAAAUUCCUGUUCAGAAAUAGAUGUAACUAAAGAGGAUGAUGAGGACAAGGUUCAUAAACAAAAUGUGGCAAAGAUUACAUUCAAAACAGCCAAGGAGACACUUCUGGCCUCCAACCCUGCUGCCCGGAGGACGUUGGGAGCUUCACGAAAGGCACAGGGCAAGUUUGUGUCACCCAUGCUUGGAGCUCAGGAAAAACAGGAAGUUUCUUGUCCUGAAAUCUCAGAUGAGAGAUUAAAGCAUAUUGACCCAAAAAUGAUUGAAUUGAUUGAAAGUGAAAUCAUUGACAAAGGGACACCAAUAGGGUGGGACGACAUAGCCGGACUACAGAUGGCCAAGUCAGUGAUCCAGGAGGCGGUGGUGUGGCCGCUGCUGCGCCCCGACAUCUUCACGGGGCUGCGCAGGCCGCCCAAGGGUAUCCUGCUGUUCGGCCCACCGGGCACUGGCAAGACUUUGAUUGGCAAAUGUGUAGCAGCACAGUGCAAGGCGACAUUCUUCAGCAUUUCCGCUUCCUCGCUGACGUCCAAGUGGAUCGGAGACGGGGAGAAGAUGGUGCGGGCGCUGUUCGCAGUCGCUCGGUGCCAUCAGCCGGCUGUGAUAUUCAUAGAUGAAAUAGAUUCCCUCCUGUCGCAGAGGAGCGACACUGAACACGAGGCCACCAGGAGGAUCAAGACCGAGUUCCUGGUGCAGUUUGAUGGAGCUGCCACAGGAGAGGAAGAUCGUCUGCUUAUAGUGGGAGCCACAAAUCGUCCGCAGGAAUUGGACGAAGCUGCCAGGAGGCGGCUCGUCAAACGACUUUACAUACCCCUGCCGGAUGCCAGUGCACGCGGGCAGAUAAUAAGCAACUUACUCUCAAACGAGAACAAUAACCUGUCCCCGGAUGAGGUCACAGAGAUCGCUCGCCUGACCGAGGGUUACUCCGGAGCUGACAUGAAGUCACUAUGCUCCGAGGCUGCCAUGGGACCCAUCCGAGCCUUGCCGAUGUCACAAAUCGUCACUAUUGAUAGAGGGGAGGUCCGCCCCGUAUGUGUUGAAGACUUCCUCAACGCGCUACAGCGAGUGAGGCCGAGCGUGUCUCAAGAUGAUUUGGGACAGUAUGUCAAGUGGAAUAAUACUUACGGACAAGGGUUUUAAGACAUAUUAAAUGUUUAUUUUCAA